CUACUGGACAGGCGGACGACGUACGUCGCUGUUUAAGUUCCGUGUAGAAACAAGUUUGUGUCGACUCACUUGGGUGUUUAUAUCUCUAGAUUUUAGACUGAACUAGUUUUAGUGAUAUGUACUAAGAGACAUUUAAAUGGACGGGCAGCAACGUGGCAGCAAAGGAAAAAGAGCAAGAGGAAGAGGGGGGAGAGGAAACCGAGACGAGAGCAGAGAUGUGCGUCUGUCCAAAUCCCUGUCUUAUGCCCUGAGACAUGGUGCUGCUAAAAUGGGGCUUAACAUGGGCUCAGACGGCUUUAUAUUAGUGGAUGAACUUCUCGCUCAUGGACAGUUCCGCUCAUUUUCACUGGAGGAUAUAGAGAGAGUGGUGGCCACAAAUGACAAACAGCGCUUCAAACUGCAAAACCAUCCUGAAAAUGGGUGCCUACAGAUCCGGGCCAAUCAAGGACAUACUGUACAGGUUGAAGACCUAGAAUUGACAGCAGUGGUUCUGGAUGCUCCAGACUGUCCACGGGAGGCCGUUCAUGGGUCCUACAUGAAGCACUGGCCGUCGAUCCGUAGCCGGGGCCUGUGCAGGAUGAACAGGUCACACAUCCACCUGGCACCUGGGCUGCCUGGAGAGGGCCAAGUUAUCAGUGGGAUGAGACAUAAUUGUGAUCUUGCUGUGUACAUCAAUGUCCCCAAAGCUAUAGCAGACGGAAUUGAAUUUUACUGGUCAGAAAACAAAGUGCUGUUGACGCCAGGUGAUGCUGACGGAGUGUUGGCUCCUCAAUAUUUCUCGCGUGCACAACGACUGAAACCUUCAGCAUGCGAACUUGAUCUGGAAUAGACAAUGGAAAAGAUGUCUUGAUGGAUUUUUCAUUAUGGGCAUAAAACACACUGAUCUUCAGCAAAACCAUGAACGUCUGUAAAUGGUAAUUGGCAGCAUUGAAACUUAAUGGAUUGGGAAACCUGUGUAUCUUAAGUUUCUUAUAGAUACUGUAUUUUACCCUUUAAGACAUCCAGUAUGAAUUUAACAUGACGGAAGCUUGGUCCCAUUGAGCUGCAUGUCAUAGAAUCUAUCUGAAAAGAGACAGGCAUUGGUUGUGGUCUAGUCAACUGAAGCCUGCAUAAUGUUGGACAAAGAUAAGGAAGUUCUUUUGUGAUCAUGUGAGAAACUGCUGGUGACUGUAACACUUCUUGUGCAAGGAAUGAUAGCCUGUGGUUUCCUUGACUGUCACUUGAAUAAAAUGUAAUGACUUUGAGGGGAUAUGGUAGAGUAUUGAGAAUGUGUAGUGCAGAUGAUUUCUUCAAUUAUUUAUACAAUUGCUCAUAUAUUUUAUUGUAUUUAAAUAAAUCUAUUCUGCAGUAAAAUUUAA